UUAUUCAAGGUAUAUAAGAUUUUACCGUUUCAAAAAAAUAUACACGUUUUAGGACAAGCACAAACGACUGCGUUGAUAAUAAAUACUUUGUUGUGUUGUUGUUAGUGCUAAAUCUACGGUCUAAUUUAAUGCAAGUUUGUCACGAAAGUGCGACUCACGUAAGGGUUGGGCGAGCAUAGCGGUGUAUUGUGGGAGAGACAGAAGCUAGAGAGGCACACACAAUAUGUGCUGGCUCUCGCUGAAAAGGAGGCAGUAUUCUUCAAGCUAAAUCAUGUAAUGUACGCGGCGAAAGGAAAGCGAUUUCACCUUUUCGUCAAUUAAAAAAACCACUCGAUCGGACGAACUAUGUCCAAGCCAGGGGAGAGGAACAGAUUCAACGAAGACCAUGGCAAAAAGCAGAGUUCAAGUCUGGCGAACGGCAUGGACAGUCAUCCCGUGUGCGGCUCAGCGGAGAAGCGGAGUCACCACUGGAGAAGUUACAAGUUGAUAGUGGACCCGGCGCUGAAGAAGGGCUCCCACAAACUGUACCGCUACGAUGGACAGACUUUCAGCAUGCCUAACCCCGGGAUCCCCCCGGUGGACAUGGUUCGAGACCCGAGGAUCGGUCGGCUCUGGACGAAAUAUAAGGAGACGGACCUCCCUGUGCCUAAAUUUAAGAUCGAUGAGUGCUACAUCGGCCCCGUGCCCCCGAAGGAGGUGACAUUCGCCCGGCUCAACGACAACAUCCGGGAGGGGUUUCUCACCGACAUGUGCAAGAAAUUCGGAGACAUCGAGGAGGUGGAGAUCCUGUACAAUCCGAAGAACAAGAAACACCUGGGAAUAGCUAAAGUGGUUUUUGAGAACGUCAAGUCUGCCAAGGUGGCCGUGCAGUCGCUGCACAACACCUCAGUGAUGGGAAACAUCAUCCACGUGGAGCUGGACCCAAAAGGUGAGAACCGCCUGAGGUACUUCCAGCUCCUCAUGAAUGGCAGCUACACGCCGAAAACCCUGCCUGUUGGGGUGGAGGAGGCCAGGGAAGUGUCCCCUCGCAGUCUGGCUGAAGCAAUACUGGCCUGUGAGCGUAGGUUGUCGGAGAGCAGCAUGGCGGUUGUGGGAGGGGCUUUGCCGCCCAGCAGCUCCAACACGCCCCUCAGCCUGGAAACGGGCUACUCCAGCCUGAGGCAGGACACCCCGCAGUCCCAGGGAACCCCUCACACGCCACGCCAGCCCGGUACGCCCUACUCUCAAGACUCCAACUACUCGAGUCGGCAGUCCACGCCUGCGUAUCAGUCCGGCCGCACUGAGAGCUCUGGCAGCUACAAGUCUCGCCGCCACGAGAGCAAGUUCCAGGAUGCAUACAACCGCAGACCGGAGCGGCCGCAGUAUCGCAGCAACAUGUAUCGAAACACGCCAUCCGAACAGUCGCCCUUUAAACAGCACCAGCUCACCCCUCCCGAACCUCCACCCUCCACACCUACCUUUGCCUACUCUGCACCUCCACCUGCUACGCCCAACUUUAAGUCCGCCUUUUCCCCCUACCAGACUCCAUUACCUCCCGCUUUCCCCCCGGCAGAACCAGCUUUCCAUCACCCGGCCCAGAGGGAGGGGGAGUAUCUCAGACCGCCGCAGCCGCCUCUGCCAGCUGCAGUUGACUUUGUACCGGUCAAGGAGAGACCAGAAACCCCCCCGGAGCCGCCACCAGAACCCACGGCGGCUCCAGCUACCCCUCCUCCCCAAACGCCGGAGAGAUGCCCCUCACCCGGCUCCCCCGUGCACGAUCUGGAGCGGAACAGUCUGGACUCCCGAAUCGAGAUGCUCCUCAAGGAAAAAAGGACAAAGCUGCUGCCCUUCCUGGAGGAGAGGGACUCGGACAAUGAGGUGCAAAUGGAGGGAAGUCCAAUCUCCUCCUCAUCCUCUCAGCUGUCCCCGAUCCCGCCUUACCUCGGCGGGCAGCAGAAUUCCCGUCCGUGUAGCACAGGCUUGGAGGACAUCAGCCCGACUCCACUGCCGGACUCGGAGGACGACGAGCCAACUCCUGGAGUCCAACUGUCGGCCAAGAGAAUCGGCUCUCCCGCCGCCGACGAGACGGGCAACAGUGACCUCAAGAACGCCACUUUACGAGGCCGCUCCUCCACCGAAAAGAUGGAGUCGGGUCACCAGUCCUCGGGGGAGGACAUGGAGAUCUCAGACGAUGAGAUGCCGGGCGCUCCGAUCACCAGUGGAGACUGCAGCAAGGACAUCGUAAUAAACUCUGCGGUGUCUCCCAUGCAUACCCAUGCCAUCCCUCCCGGGUACCACCCCUUACAGCACCAGGCCGGCUUCGCUAUGCACCACCACCUGGCCGCUCACCUGGCCGCUCACCCCGGGGUGCCUCCUCACAUGUUGGCACCCAUCAGCCCCUACGCCCCCAGCAUGAUGCCGCUAAUGCAAAUGGAGCUGAUGAGCCGGCUGCAGUGGAGCACCGUUCCCAUGUCCUUCCAGAUGCAGCAGCAGAUGCUGAGUCGCAUGGCUCAGACUAGAGGGCCCUACGUGUAUCCACAUUAUAUGGACAGCGGUGCGUUCGCAGGGCCCUACCAGCCUCUGGCCAUGGGCGCCACGCAUGCCAACAGUGCACAGGAAUGGCAGAACCCCAGUAUACCCAAAUUCAACCCCACCGUUCCCCCGCCUGGUUACGACGGCAAAAAGGAGGAUCCCCACAAGGCGACCGUUGACGGCGUGUUGCUGGUUAUUGUCAAAGAGCUGAAGGCCAUCAUGAAGAGGGACCUCAACCGCAAAAUGGUGGAGGUGGUGGCUUUCCGAGCGUUCGACGAGUGGUGGGAGAAGAAGGAACACUCGGCAAAGGCGUCUUUGACUCCUCUGAAGGGCUCUGAGGGCAAAGAAGAGGAUCGACCCAAACCUAAAGAGACACUAGGCUCAAGCCUGCUGGAGAACUGGAACAAGGGCGAGGGGCUCGGCUACGAGGGAAUGGGUCUGGGAAUUGGACUGCGGGGCGCCAUCCGCCUGCCCUCUUUCAAGGUGAAAAGGAAAGAUCCACCUGAGGCUGCAUCUGCGAGCGACAACAAACGUGCCAGGCCGUCCACGCCGGUAGACGACGAACUUGAGGACGAAGAACGAGAUCGAGAUCUGACCGAGCUCCCUGCAGAUGAGUCCAAGAUGGACGCCGACGGCCUCGCCAAGCGACGGCACUCCCGACCCCGCGUGCUGGACAGUGAGGGAGAGGAGGAGGAGGACACCUCAGAAAAGGAGGAGUCUUUGUCUGACAGGGAAGAAGGAGAGUCUGAUGAAGUGAAGGUUAAAGACAGACUCGCGUCAGGCAAGAAAAGUGGCGAGGAAGAGGAUGAUGGGAAAGACGUUGGAGACUCGUCUGGAGACAGCUCGUCCUCUGAUUCAUCCGAUGACGAAGCGGGCAGCCCGGCGUCCUCCAAAGCCAGUUCCGACUCCACCUCGGAAAGCUCCGACUCCUCCUCUGAAAGCUCCAGCUCCUCAGAGUAUGAGCUGAGCUCAGACGAUGAGGACGACCAGGUGUCAGAGGAGGGUCGCAAAGGCCCAAGGACACCCUCGUCUUCUUCCUCCUCCUCCUCCUCGUCUUCUUCCUCGGAAGACGAAGGGGAGGCAGGCGUCAGACCGCCGAGCCCUCCCACAGGACCCCUUGUGGAGGUGAAAGAGGAGCAUGAGGAGAGGGAAGAAGUUAGCAGCAAACACAAGAGGAGACCUCCAAGUCCUGAGGAGGUGUCAGCCAAAGACCUGAAGCCAACGCUGCCUAAAGUCAAAGAGGAGGACAUCCAGACGGACGGCGGCGCAGCUGUGGGGAAGUCUGAACCUGCAGAACACGCAGCAAACCUUCGCCCACCUACUCCCACAGGGACGCUGCCAGAUAGCGACCAGGAGACGAAAGCUAAAGAAGUUCGCUCCCUCCUCCACCCACCCUCUGUUCCAAUCCCCGAAUUCGCCCAGCGGGCCCGGCUCCCCACAGAGGAGGACAUCCCCCGCACGCCUGGCAGGGACUUGAUGGAACGGGCUCGGGGUCUGGGCAAAUCCCAGAGCACCGACACGGUUCCCAUCACACCCGGCAGCGACGCCCCCCUGACGGGCAGCAGCCUGUUGCUCAGCUCCCCUCACAUCCCCGGUAGCCCCUUCUCCUACCCCGCCCAGUCCCCGGUCCUCAGUGCAGGGCUCCCUCGAACCCCAGGGAGAGACCUAACCUUCACCCCCGUCUUCCCCGACCCCGCAGUGCUAACGCUUAACAGGAAAAUAUCCUCCGAAAGUCUGGAUGAUAAACCCGUGUUCAAAGAGCCCCCCCUCAACUCCCUUCCCCAUCAGACUCAGUCGGCCGGCUCCGAGCUCUCCACAAGUGUCCCAGAAGAUCUGUCCUCUGAUCUCUCCGUAGAUGUUCCCGAGCCCUCUGACAGCACGCCGUCAAAGAAAAAGAUCGGCCGACCUAAAGGCAAAAAGGGCCUGGCGGCCUCCCCAGCCCACGAGUCUUUAGAGCUGUCAGCUGAAUCAGAACCUCUGCCUCCUGAAGCCCAUCUGGAGGAUCCAUCCAUUCAUGCGAUAUCUGCAGAGUCCCCCAAACACCGCACUUUGGAUUUUCGGGAAGAAGGCUCCAAGCCUCAGACGGUGCUGCCGGCGGAGGACGGCCUGCUCUCCUGCGACGAGGACUCACCUGUGGUGGCUAAGUCAACAAGGAGGUCGCGGCGGUGCUGGGAGGAGCUGCUUCGAGGGAGCCUGUCUCCCGUCACGACGCCCCCACGCUCCUACUUUACCCGGCGCUCUGACUUUGAGGAGAUGACGAUCCUAUACGACAUCUGGAACGAAGGCAUCGACGAAGAGGACAUCCGGCUUCUGCAGAUCACCUACGACAAGAUGCUCCAGCAGGACAACGGCAACGACUGGCUGAACGACACGCUGUGGGUCAACCACCCUCCUACCAACAUCCCCGUAGUGAAGAAAAAGAGGAGGGACGACGGCAUGAGGGAUCACGCCACCGGCUGCGCGCGAAGCGAGGGGUACUAUAAGAUCGACAAAAAGGACAAGAUCAAGUACCUGCAGAGUUCACGGCUGCUGUCGGAAGAGCCGCCCGUCGACACACAGGGCAUGAGCAUCCCAGCGCAGGUCCAAGCCUCUUCCAGAGCUGGCUCGGAGCGCCGCUCAGAACAGCGGCGAUUGCUGUCCUCUUUUGCUUGUGACAGCGACUUGUUGAAGUUCAACCAGCUGAAGUUCCGGAAGAAGAAGAUCCGAUUCUGCAAAUCAAACAUUCACGACUGGGGUCUGUUCGCCAUGGAGCCCAUAGCUGCAGACGAAAUGGUGAUCGAGUACGUGGGUCAGAACAUCAGACAGGUGAUAGCCGACAUGAGGGAGAAGCGUUACGAGGAGGAGGGCAUCGGGAGCAGCUACAUGUUCCGGGUGGACCACGACACCAUCAUCGAUGCGACGAAAUGCGGAAACUUUGCCCGUUUCAUCAACCACAGCUGCAACCCCAACUGUUAUGCAAAGGUCAUCACCGUGGAAUCCCAGAAGAAGAUCGUGAUCUACUCUCGGCAGCCGAUCAACGUCAACGAGGAGAUCACCUACGACUACAAGUUCCCCAUCGAGGACGAGAAGAUCCCCUGUCUGUGUGGGGCGGAGAACUGUAGGGGAACGCUCAACUGAAACUCCGGUCCAGGUCAGAAGAAUUUCCCACAGGCUGUGAAAGAAACAAGCGCCGACUCUGAACUCAAGAUUAGGAGCAAGGAGGAGGAGAAGCCAGUGAGGCUAAGCUACCUUCAUCUAUUUAACUCUAGAUUGUUUACGAUUCAUGGUGCUCUUAAAAAAAAAAAGGAACGAGGCGUCGCUUUUGCUCGACUCGCCGGUUCCGGCAUUUCCUCCCCGCCGUCGCCUCAGAACUGGACAGUAUUUCAGCACGGUUCCUCCCACAUCUCCAUGUGGUCCGUGCGCACUUUUUUUUUCUUCCUUAUUAGUUGGAUAAGCUUUACCCCCACACACACACUUGUUGUGGUACAAACAACCCAGCUGCUCAAAAACACUGUCGUGAUGCUCCACCCCAGCAGACGAGCGUGUCUGCCUGGAAGCAGCAUCCUUUAUUUUAUUAUUAUUAUUAUUUUUUUUUUUUUUUACUGAAUAAAAGUCAAACUUAAUUUAAAAGAAGUGAUUCAAUCCUGCCGCAAAAUAUAUAAAAAAAACAGUUUCUUUCUCCACCAGCCAAGAAAGGAUCAUGCUGCUUCCUAAUGGUUUAUGCAAGACGACGUGCAUCAGUCAGUAUCCAGUGUUGUCCGGAGGUUCCUCCUCACGCCUGAUUCCUUCAAAGACACUAGUAGUUUCUGUUUGAGUGUUAAUCGUCUCCUCAGAGUAUUCUGUCAAACUAUGUGCUGCCCCCUUCAGGCCGCGCUUGAAACAGCUUCUGUCUGCAUCCUCUGAGCAGCAGGGACAUGUUUCCAGUUUCUCCACUUCCUCAGUUAAAGUGCCAUACAAGCCUUUGUUUACCGGAAGAGGUGCGUCUGUUCCCUCAGAGGUGUGUUAACGGGGAGGCUGGAGAAUGAAGUUCUCUGUUUUGUUCCUGGGAAACCGGCUCACGUCUUGUCUGUGAGAUUUUUUUUUUCUCAGCUGACUUCCUGUUUGUCUCUCAUUCGCGUCUUUCUUCAUGUCGUUUCUUCAAAAAGAGACUAUUUCAGGAUUGCUCUGAACCAGUCAGCUCCCCUUUCAAGACCAAGUCUGUCUUUGUUUUUUUUAUUAAAUUGCAUUGAUUGUAGCUUUUUCUUUUCCAUCACUAAUGUUCAUAUUGUAAAUGAUAACUUGUACAGGAGAUCAAAAGCAUUUGAUAUAUAUAUAUAUAUAUAUCUUCAAAAAGGUAACACUUUUAAGAUCCAUCUCUCCUUUCUUUUUUCCAUUUUUUUUAAUGAAAGACUGAGUAUUUAAAAUAUUUUCAGGGAUCUGUAAAAGGAAUCUGACGAUUCAAAAAGGUUGUUUAUUUAAAGAAUGAGGUCCAUUGUGUACAGCAAACGUCUCCGCUCCUCUCCUGAAAAGAUUGUUUCUUGUGGAAACAUCUUGGUAUUUUGCCCAUUUGCUUUGUAAUUCUACAACGUGUAAAUAGUGUAACUGUGAAUACUAUAUAAAUAUAUAAACAUAUAUUUUUGUUUCCCGGGGAUUUGCUACGUAAAGGCAGCGCGACGGGCGGCGAGGUGAGCGCUGACUUGGUAGCAGGAAAUUCGGCUUGUGUCAAGCUUUGUUGGUUCUUUUUUUUAUUUUUUAUUUUGUGUUGUAAAUUCUAUGAAAAGUUGUUUGCGGUGUGGAGAAUAAAAAAAAAAGAAGUGCAGAAUCGGCAUGGGAAGAGGCCUGAAGGGCCAGGCCUUUUUGUGUCUAUUUAUUAUAUGACAAAUGUAUUUAAAAAAAAAAGAAAAAGAAAAAAGUGAAAUAAAGCAAUUUUGCAUACAUCCA